CCACACUCUAUCCCGCUCACUCCACUGACUCUCUCUUCCUUUUUCUCGAGAAAAUCAGAAAAAAAAAACCAUAGCAAAAAAGAAAGAAUUUAAAGACCAAACAUUUCCUUCAUUUCUUCUUUCUAAGCUCUAAGGGAUGUUUCUUCUUUGAGCUUAGAAAAAGAAUCAGGUUUCAUUUUUGUAGAUUCAUUUUACUGCUCUGUGUUGUGAUUUUCCGGAACUUGUAAAUAUGAGGAAAGAAAAUGGAGUUUCCGCUAAUGUUGGUGCACUUAAUGGUCGAAUCACACGUGCUCGAGCGGCUACAUUGCGUGCUUCUGGACAGUUGCUGCCUCUCAAUGCACCUAAGCAACCAGAUCAGAAACGGGUUUCACGAGCCAACACAAAAAGAUCGGCCUUGGAUGAAAACCACAAUGCUGGUCUUCAGCAUAAGAAGAGAGCUGUUCUUCAAGAUGUCACAAAUGUUUGCUGCAAUAAUUCAUAUAAGAGUUGCAUUAAUGCAACCAAAAUCCAGGCUAAGAGCAACAAGCAGGCUAGGAAAGGGGCGGCCAAUUCAUCUAAAGUGGCACCGGAUGUGGCAGCACAAGUCCAGCCAACUCGAGCCAACUUACAAAAAGAAGACACUCAAGAGCUUGCAAAGAUUGAACCUAAAUUAGAAGUUACAUGCUCGGUUAAUUUGAAAGAAGAUGCUACUCUUCCGUUAAAUAGCAUAAAUGAAGGUGUGUUUUACCGUUGGCUUUCAAAUCGAAGUUCAGCAAUGCCUUCACAAUCCCAAAGUCGUCCUCGAAGAAAUGGGAAAUUUAGCUUUUCCGGGACCACGAUAACACCUAGCGACCCGGACUUUGUCGACAUUGAUUCGGAUAAGAAGGAUCCUCAACUGUGCAGCCUCUAUUCCCCUGAAAUCUAUAAUAACUUGCGUGUUGCCGAGCUCGCCCGCAGGCAAUAUCCUAAUUUUAUGGAGACGAUACAGCGGGAUAUCACUCAAAGCAUGCGGGGAAUUUUGGUUGAUUGGCUUGUGGAGGUAUCUGAAGAAUAUAAGUUGGUGACUGACACACUUUACCUCACAGUGCAUCUCAUUGAUUGGUUUCUCUCAAAAAAUUACAUUGAAAGACAAAGACUUCAACUUCUUGGGAUCACUUGCAUGCUAAUAGCCUCCAAAUACGAAGAAAUAUGUGCACCUCGUGUCGAGGAGUUCUGCUUCAUCACAGACAACACUUACACUAAGGAGGAGGUGCUAAAAAUGGAGACUAAAGUAUUGAAGUAUUUUGGUUUUCAAAUAUUUGCACCUACUGCAAAAACGUUUCUCAGGAGAUUCUUAAGAGCAGCACAAGCCUCUUACAAGAGCCCCAGCAUAGAAAUGGAGUACUUGGCAAAUUAUCUAGCGGAACUCACAUUAAUUGACUAUGAAUUCUUGAAUUUUGUUCCUUCAAUCGUGGCUGCCUCUGCUGUAUUUCUUGCCAGAUGGACUUUGGAUCAGUCAUCUCACCCAUGGAAUUCAACUCUUGAACACUAUACGGCUUAUAAUCAAUCAGAUCUGAAAACCACAGUUAUUGCAUUGCAAGAUUUACAGUUGAACACCAAAGGUUGUCCUCUAAGUGCUAUUCGCAUGAAAUAUAGGCAACAAAAGUUUAAAUCCGUGGCAGCCUUAACAUCUCCGAAACUGCUUGAAACACUGUUUUGAAGACCAAAACAAAAGGGCGACUGACAAGGGGGGACUAACAGAUAAAAAGAAAACACAAUUUUCAGGUGGUUUGAAUUCUAACAUAAUUUUAGAGCUUCAAAAUCUUUGUUUAGGGUUCUUCCAAUAACUGUAAUUUUUUUUUUCCGUGACAGACUAACUGUGUUUAAUUGUAAUGUUUGUAAGAGAAUGAGAAAUUUGUAAAACGGCUUAAAUGUAAGGUCAACUUCUUGCUAUAA